AUGGCCAGAACCCGCACGCUGCUCCUUCUCGCUGCAGCCUACGCUGCGUCCUGCUCACUCCUGGCCGAGCAGGUUGCGGCCGGGGGCAAAAAAGCCGCGGUGGCGGAGAUCUGCAAGGGCACCGCGUUCCCGGACGUGUGCACCAAAACUGCGGGGAAGCACGCGAAACGCUACCCGACCGUGGACGCCCUGACGGUGCUGCAGAUGCAGGUGGACGCGUUCUACAAGCGCACCGCGGCGGCGCGGGCGCGCGUGGCGAAGAAGGUCAGGAAGGCCUCCCCAACGGCGCGGUCGGCGCUGGAGCUGUGCAACAGGCUGUAUCUGGACGCCGAGGACAACCUCGGCGCCUGCCGCCGCGCCAUCGGCUUCAAGGACGCCGUCACCAUCCGCGCCACAAUGAGCAUGGCGGCGCAGGACAUGCAGAACUGCGACGAGAAGUUCAGGCAGGUUGGCGAGAAGAAGAACCCCUUGGAGCGCUUCAACAAGUCGCUCCUCAAGAUGACCGAGAUUUGCCGCUCGCUCUCCAACAUGAUCUGA